AUGGCAGGUCAUCAAAUGGGUUGGGGUAUAAUAGAAGAAGAGGGUUGGAGAAAGGGACCUUGGACUGCUGAGGAAGAUGGGUUGCUUAUUGAGUAUGUAAAGCUUCAUGGUGAAGGAAGAUGGAACUCUGUGGCUAGGCUUGCAGGACUGAAAAGGAAUGGAAAGAGUUGCAGAUUGAGAUGGGUGAAUUACUUGAGGCCAGAACUCAAGAGGGGGCAGAUAACUCCACAUGAAGAGAGCAUAAUUCUAGAGCUACAUGCUAGAUGGGGGAAUAGGUGGUCAACAAUUGCAAGAAGCUUGCCUGGAAGAACUGACAAUGAGAUCAAGAACUACUGGAGAACCCAUUUCAAGAAAAAGGCAAAAGUGCCUUCUGAUGCCUCCGAAAAGGCGAAAAAUCGCUUCUUGAGGAGGAAGCAAUUUCACAAUCAGCAACAUCAGCAGCAACAACAACAUUUACAAGUGAAUCAAGAAGAAGUGAAAAGAAUCUUGGCCUUGCUGGAUGAAAAUAAUGACACUAAAAUGCCAUGCUUCUGGCCUCAAGUUAAGCAAGGCAUGGAGACUAUAAGUACAUAUCCUCAUCACACAACUGAUCAUCAGGAGCAAGGCUUCUACUAUUCCAUGCUCAAUGGAAAUGUGUCUGUGCCUGAAGCCUCCAAUAACGAGGACAAUUUUCUGUGGGAUGGUUUGUGGAACUUAAAUGAUGUCCAUGGCAAUUUUAGCUCAACAUGUGCAACAGGAAAAGCUAGCUAG